AUGAAUGGAGCUUCUAAACAAACUCCAAAACUUUUUGAUGCUCUUAAAAAGACUAAACUAUGGAAAUAUGUAGUUUAUAGAUCCACUUUAAAAAAAAUGUAUAGAUUAGAGAAUUGGAGUGAUAAUAAUAAUGUUACUCUAUUCUUCAAUGGUGAUGAGACAUUUCAAUCGAUGUGGGAGAGUAUAGAAAAUGCAAAAGAAUCUAUAAAUAUAGAAACUUAUACGAUAGAACCAGAUAGGGUAGGUCUAAAGACAAUAGAAUUGUUGACAGCAGCACAAAGAAGAGGUUGUAAAGUAAAGUUUGUUUAUGAUGCUAUUGGUAGUUCUUCAAUCUCUGAUUCAAUGCUGGACGAAUUACGAGCAAGUGGUGCAACAUUAAUUUGUUUCAAUCCAUUCUUCUCCAAGAAUUUUCCUAUCAAUUUCAGAAAUCAUAGAAAGAUGAUGGUCGUAGAUGAUAAGGUUGGCUAUUGCGGUGGAAUGAACAUCAGUGAGAAAUAUGCUGGUGAACUAUUGGGGAAUAGCUACUUUAGAGAUACGCACGUCAAGAUUGAAGGUCCUGCUGUUAAAGAUCUACUCGACGCAUUCUACAGCAAAAAGAAAGAUAAAAAGUCACUCUUUUCAUAUAUACCUUCAACAUCCAACUUUUCAAGUAGCAUCACACCUAACGAGGCUGAAACACCAUUGCCAAACACCAAACCCAACACUACCAGCGCAUCAUCUACAAAAGACAAUUCAAACAGUUUAGAUAAAACUGUAAUUGGAAGUAGUAUUACAACUAAUAAUAGUAUCGACAACAGUAUUACAGCAUACGAAAAGUCUAUAUAUCAUUAUUAUUUAAAUAAUAGUUAUAGUUUUGGAAUUAAUAGAAUUAAUAGUAAUAAUAAUAAUAGUAGUAGUAAUAGUUUGGGAUCUGCAUGUUUAGCUGCUGGUGAAGAGAUUGUUUCUGAUUUAUCAUCAUCAUCAUCAUCAUCAUCACCAUCACCAUCACCUGGUAGAAAUGACUCUUCACUACCUAAUAAUGUAAAAGCCAAUUCUAGAGCAAUCAUGUUGGUCGAUGAAUCGAUAAAGGACAGGAUACUAUAUGAUAGAUAUUCAGAGUAUUUCAACGACUUUAAUAACGAAGAGGACGAAUGGGAGGAUGAUAACGAAGAUGACGAUGAAGAUGAUCUUGAACACGACGAAGAUGACGAUCUGGAACGAGAGCUUGCUUUACUCAACCAUAACUCUGAAAAGAAACGUGUCGAUAAAGUAUCGAUUCAAGUGUUGGAGUCAAAUUUGAUGCGAGGUAAACGUAAUCUUCAGAGAGGUCUCAGUAUUUUGCUAAAGAACAGUAAAAGUCAAUGUUUUAUUACCACUCCAUACUUUUUACCACCAAGACUACUGCGUAAGGCCAUCAUUGACACUGCUGCACGAGGAAUCGAAGUAAAGAUAAUCACUGCUGGUAAAUCUGAUGUUCCAUGGGUUAGAAUGGCUGGACAACAUAUAUAUAGACCAUUUUUACAAAAUGGAGUUAGAAUUUUCGAAAUGACAAAAACAACAUUACAUUCAAAGACAAUUACUAUUGAUGGUAAAUAUAAUACGAUCGGAUCAUAUAAUUUCGAUCAUUGGAGCCAAAGAAACCUUGAGGUCUGUGUAUCCAUCGCCGAUGAAAGAGUGGCCAAAUAUAUUGAAAAUCAGUUCCACGAAGAUCUAAAAUUGUCUGAGGAAAUCACAAUCGACUAUCUCAAUAAUAGAAGUUUAUUCAACAAGAUCUACAGUUUUUUGGCUUAUCAAUUUGGAAGAAUCGUUCGACCAACUGCAAUUAAAUAA